GUGCUGUUCGUGUCGAUCCUGCAGAUCAUCUCGACGCUGGUGUACAUGGUGUACGUGGGCGAGUUCUCCAACAUCAUCCAGUUCCAGUCCUUCAGGUCCUUCAGCUUCUACUGCAAAUAUCUGGAGCUGCAAGAGUUCCUGAAAAACAAUCGCGUGUCCAAGAACCUGGUGACGGUGGUGAACCGGUACACGCUGCACCUGUGGCAGGAGGCGCGCGGCGUGCAGGUGCCGCACUUCCUGCAGGCCGCGCCGCAGGGGCUCAAGCUGCGCGUCAUGUCUGCUGCCUACAUGCACCAUCUGAAGGAGAGUCCACGUCUCAGCACCGUAAAGAAAUAUGGGAAACACUGUGUCAUCUUAGUACGUGGAAUAAGGGCGACUGGUGAUAAGUGGCAGGAGGCGCGCGGCGUGCAGGUCGGCUGCCUACAUGCACCAUCUGAAGGAGAAAACAACCGCGCGUCCAAGCACCUGGUGCCGCACUUCCUGCAGGCCGCGCCGCAGGGGCUCAAGCUGCGCGUCAUGUCUGCUGCCUACAUGCACCAUCUGAAGGAGCACCUGGUGCCGCACUUCUUGCAGGCCGCGCCGCAGGGGCUCAAGCUGCGCGUCAUGUCUGCGGCCUACAUGCAUCAUCUGAAGGAGAACCUGGUGACGGUAGUGAACCGCUACCGAUACACGCUGCACUUCCUGCAGGCCGCGCCGCAGGGUCUCAAGCUGCGCGUCAUGUCUGCUGCCUACAUGCACCAUCUGAAGGAGCACCACAUCUCUAGGGCGUCGUAUCUUCUUCUUCUCACUUUCUCUCAGAGUCCACGUCUCAGCACCGUAAAGAAAUAUGGGAAACACUGUGUCAUCUUAGUACGUGGAAUAAGGGCGACUGGUGAUAAGUGGCAGGAGGCGCGCGGCGUGCAGGUCGGCUGCCUACAUGCACCAUCUGAAGGAGAAAACAACCGCGCGUCCAAGCACCUGGUGCCGUACUUGCUGCAGGCCGCGCCGCAGGGGCUCAAGCUGCGCGUCAUGUCUGCGGCCUACAUGCAUCAUCUGAAGGAGGUACGAAUAAGAGCAACUUUGCUAGAAAACAACCGCGCGUCCAAGCACCUGGUGCCGCACUUCCUGCAGGCCGCGCCGCAGGGGCUCAAGCUGCGCGUCAUGUCUGCGGCCUACAUGCACCAUCUGAAGGAGCACCUGGUGCCGCACUUCUUGCAGGCCGCGCCGCAGGGGCUCAAGCUGCGCGUCAUGUCUGCGGCCUACAUGCACCAUCUGAAGGAGAAUCCUGUAUUCGAAGAAUGCGAGCCGGCGUUCCUGCGGCAACUGGUGGGGUGUCUGAAACUCUACACGUACAACGAAGGUAUGUACGUGGUGAAGGAGUCUGAGAUUACGGACUCUAUGUACAUGAUCCACACAGGGCGGGUAAUGGAGACAAGCGCAGCUUCUGGGGACCUCAAGACCGUUACGGAUUGCUUCGGACUGGAACAAGGGCUAAUCUACAAUUACCCGUUUAAAUAUUCUUACAAAACCAUCAUUAAGUCUCAAGUGUUAACUCUUUCACUCAAUGACUGGGAGUAUCUCCUGGACCACUUCCCAGAGAGCAAAGGGUUCAUCUACAAAUAUCUCAAAAAAGAUGACGAUGACUCGCAAAGGCCCGGAAGGACUAAUUUAGGAUCCAUGAGAUCAAGCUCAUUGUCUGGUUCCUAUCGAACAAGUUAUAAAGGCCCGCUGCCACCAUCGGCGCAUAGAUCUUCUACAAGAAUUAGUAGGUUGUCCUCCCAGCCACCACCACCACCAUCCCCACCACCAUCACCAUCACCACUGCCCUCAUCUCCACCGACCGAUUAUAAAUUUUCACCUAUGGCUGGUCCACCAUCAGGCCCAACGACACCAUUAGUGAAAACUGAUAUACCGCUCGCAGAAAUGGCUCCGACCGCCACCGAAACGAAUCACGAUCUAUCACCAAUGUCGUCUACCUCUGCCGCCGCCGGUGGUCUCAGUCCGACAGUUACGACCGAUCCGGAAAUUAGUACCUCGCCUCAACAAGCACCUGAUAUAGCCCAAUCCAAGACCGAUAUGCUAUCAAGGACAACAACAAUGACAACACUCAAAAUAGGUCUAUCAGAUACUUCUGUAUCACAUUCAUCUCUAGAUGAAAAGCCUACAGGUCCUCAACCUGCUUCGAGACCAUCUAGUGAUGUAGGCACCAUUCGGGCCCAAGUAUCAUCCUUACAAGUUUCGCCUGAAAAAACAUCACCAGAUACCAAGCCCGUGGUUACUGAACCUUUGAUACAGACACAGGUAGACCUACCAGGAUCAUUAACAGAGCCAAUCGUGGCGCACCCGUAUUCUAAUAUUUCCCUUAAAAUUACUGAGUUACCUCCAUCAACAUCUAAAAUAACAACUCCACCAGCCAGUACGUCUAAAAUAACGACUCCACCUGCCAGCACGUCUAAAAUAACGACUCCACCCGCCAGCACGUCUAAAGCAGGCUUAAGGUCAACUUCGUCCCGUGGUAUGCUGAUAAGCGAACCCAUUGAUGACGAUGCAGACAACGAAUUAAAACCUGAGGAGAUGCAAUUCAUAUGGCCUAUGGAUAGUAGGCAUUCGGCAGCAAUGAUUAAAUUUGCACCACCCAAAGACUUAAAUGAAAGUCCAGAAAGGAAUGACAUCGAUAGAACAAAAUCUUUAAGAUCAGUACAGUCGCAGCAGUCGAGUCUAAUAGACAGCGGAAUCAAACGAGGACCAAGAGAUGUCGAUGACGCGUUACAAGAUUCUAUGACUUUAAUAGACAAAGUAGAGAAAAAAGCAAAAAAGCUGUUUCUGCGUAGAAAGGAUAGUGAACUGGAUUACGUGGACAGCGACGAAUCCAGAGACAAAGAUACAUUACUUUUAGAGGAGGAUGAAGAGGCAACGGCGGAUUUACUUGCACAAAUUAAAAAACGUAGUCAUAGUAAAGAUGGAUCCGCAGACCCAGAUAUGACUGAGAUUGUGGCAGUUGAUGAGGCACAGGCGGUUGAUGUAAAAUCAGAAGUGUUUGAACUGAAACCUCAAACUAUAAGGAUUCAGGAGCCCCCGGGCGCCACAGACGACACAUUGGCGGUCGUCCCUUAUGACAGUAAAGCUGCGGCCUCGUCAUCGAAACAUUUGGAGCUCGGUGAACAGGAAACACCGUCUACAGUCGCAAGAAAGAAAUCUGUUCAUUACAAAGAAGAAAGCCAUGUGAUCUCUGACAGUGAUGAACAUAGUCCUUCCGAACAUAGCUUAGAUAUGGAUAAACCUAAAGAUUAUAAAUCUAAAAACAAAAAAUAAUAUUUUGA